AGCUUUUGGGUGCUGUGAGGAAGAGCUGGAGGAGGCUGGUGCAUCCCUAGAGACAUGGUAAGCAAUGCCCCCCUCCAUGAAUCUGCAGUGGGUCAGUCCUCUCCUUUAGCGCCAUGCAAUUCAUCCCCACUCGAGUAAUCCCUCCCCUGCCCCGACCUAUGUACCACGCAAGCAACUCUUCUCCUUUAGACUCCUGCAAUUCAUUCCCACCCGGGGCAGUAGCCCGAGUAAUCCCUCCCCUGCCCCGACCUAUGUACCACGCAAGCAACUCUUCUCCUUUAGACUCCUGCAAUUCAUUCCCACCCAGCAGAAGUUGCCAUCUCUACUCCACCCCCACGCAUCAUACCGUGGGUCAUUCCCUUCCUCGAGCAUCGUACGGUUCAUUUAACCUGGGGCAGCGGUGAUGGAGGGGUAUAUUGUGUCGACUGGACUGGACUGGACCAUCCUCCCCUCCCAAGACGGGGAGAAAAUGUUUUUUGGGAGCAGCCCCGUGCAUUCGAGCUGCCCUGUGCACCUGGAGAAGUUCCCCUUGGCUCAGCGCCUCAGGCUGGUUGACAGGAGGCUACAGGACGUGGCCAUACACCUGGAUGAAGUUCUGAUGUCGCCGAGUGUGUCGACAUCUGUGAUGAGCCAGUUCUCCUACUCCUCUAGGGAAUCCACCACCUCUGCCCUCUGGAGUCCCAGCUCCUUUCCCCUGAGAGAAGCCUCCGUGACUUGGUCAGAGCCCCUCUGCCACACAAGGGAGAUCAUGACUGUCACAAGCUGGGAAGGAUCCACUCAUCCCAUCCAAGCCCAGCCUCUCCCCAGGCCUCCUGCCCACAGCAGACGAGACCGGCGAGAGCAGAACAUAGGUCUGGACCAGAUGUCAGCCCAUGGCUUAGACUUCAACAUCCGACAGAAGCAUCUGCAGAGCCAACUGGGGGCACCACAAACCCCCAUCCCGGGAGAACCAUUGCUGAGUGAGCAGGACACCAAGCAGCAAUGGGAAUUCAACACAGAUCGGCCCAAAUGUGGAUUUCCAGCAAAGGUCCCAAAGCCCCUCAGAUCCGACACCAGGCCUCAGCAUGCACAGGAGAUCCAAGAGCCAUGGGUCUGCCCCUGGGGACCCCUGCCCCAAAAGGCCCACAGGAUUAUGGCAUCCCCUGAUGCCAUCCUGGCCAGGUUUGUGCCCAUGGCGGGGGUCAAACUGCAGGAUCACGUGGCUCAGAAAUGCUGGCAGAUCCAAACGAAGGCUUUUCCUAAGGUCGUGAGAGAGUCGCACAGAGAUGCUCCCCUCCAGACAGAGACUGCCCUGCCUGGGCCACUCCGCCCCCCUAGGGAGCCAGGCAGGCACAGGACAGCGGCAUUCCCAACAAUGGGACAACAGCCUGCCCACCCCAUCGAACUCCACAUAAGGCGUGAGCAUCUCAUCAUGCAGAGGGGGCUGCUCACCCUUGAUCCAGAGCCCCCGGCAAAGCUGCCUCACGCCGGCCAAGCCAGGGGAGCCAGUGUGGAGUUCAGUGAGAUGGAGACCGAUUUCCUGCAGACAGGGAGGCAAAGCACAAGCUCCUCUUCUUGCACACGUCCUCCAACGCCAGUGGAAGAUACCACCAUAGAGACCGGCAGGAAUGAUAGCGCGGCAGGAAACCAGACUAACCCAGAUCGCUGCACUCUGCCAGCAGGGAUGGAUCUGAUAUCGCCACCUCCAGGAACCACAAUAGCAGAGAAGACACUCGAAGCGACACUCCAGAUUUAUAGGAGCGAGUUGAGAAAGCCCCUUACCAGUGUGCGUGACAGCAAAGGGACUGAAGAGAAGCUGGAGCUGCACAUGGAGAGGAAGCAGUGCUGUCCCACCUCGGGCGCGAAAAGCUUUCUGAAGAUUGUGAGGGUCGCGGUCAGGAUGUGCCAGCUCAACGCGCCAUGA